AUGGGAAAGGAGAUCACGAGCUACGUUGGCCAGAAGGUCCGCGCUGUCAAGUUCCUGCAGGGGGCCAAGGGCGCUGCCUGCCUCGAAGGCGACGAAUGCGCCGUUCCACUGCUUGUCGCCGGCGGAUACGACUCUUCCGACACCGCGAUCUCGCUGCUGUUUCCUCAAAUGCCAACGGCGGAUCACAUGGAUCUCGCCGAUGAAUUCGGGAACGAGGCGUCGACGGAAAUCGUCGAGUUGUGUUCGUUGGAACAUGCUGGGGAUGUCACGUCGUUGGGGUUUCUCUCUUUGGCGAACAACGACUUUGUUGUGAGUGGAAGCUCCAACGGGAGUCUCUACGUCAGCAGCAUUAUCAAGUCGGACGCGUCGCUCGCUCUCAAGUCUGUAGCGAUUCCUCAAUGGGAGCACUUGUCAUUGGGAAGCUUGGCAGGAAUCGACGUCGACAGUCCAUCCGCAUCGAUCGUCGCCGCAUGUGAAAGCGGACAAGUCGUGUGGGCCAAUCUCGAUCGCCCUCGCAGCGUCCUCGUACUCGAUCUCGAUGAAUGGGCGACCCAUGACGUAAAAAUGCUCGGCAUCGAAACCCACAUUGCCCUUGCCUGUGCCAACCCACGACAGCCGCUUCAGCUGUGGGAUUUGAAGGCCAGUCACGACAAACCCGUGUCCACAUCGGGGGCAGCGGGAAGCGCAUACACGUGCCUAGCUGCCCAUCCGACUCGACCGGAACUGCUUCUCGCCGGCACGAAGGACGGGUCGUUGACGUUGUGGGAUCGACGUUUCCUUGGCAAUGGCGCCCUGCGCACGGAAUGCCGUCACAAAAAAGCAGUGCGCAGCGUCAAGUGGCACGACGCCAAGCCAGGGUUCGUCUUUACUGCUAGCGACGACCACACCGUAUUAAGCUGGGACUUUUACGCCGGCAAUGGCUCUCCUUCGUCGGACAAGGUCGACUACGAGCGCCACUCGCGCGAUGGCGGCGUCACAGUGACCACCGUCGCCAACGGCAUCUUGCCGUGGAAUACCCUCGACGUGGACGGCGUGUCUGACACGUUGAUUGCGGGUUCGGACAACCAUUCGGUCGUCCUCGUCGACUGUGCGACAUCGUGA